UAUCAUUAACGAAGAUAAUAAACAAUAUCGGACCUAAAAUAGAUCCUUGUGGAAUACCAGAUAGUACUUUACUCCAUUUUGAGGUACAUCCAUUUACAUUGACACGCUGCAGUCUAUUUGAUAGAAAAUUUCCUAGCCACUUCAAUAGAUUUCCUGAUAUACCGUAAGCUUCAACUUUCUGUAACAGUCUUCUGUGUGGUACUGAAUCGAAGGCUUUCUGGAAGUCUAAAUAUAUUGUAUCAACUUGAAUAUCAUUGUCUAUUGCUUCUGUCCACUCUUCAAGCACCGACAAGAGCUGCAACACUGUAUUUCUAUUCUUCCUAAAACCGAACUGACAGUCAGACAGCAAGUUAUUAUAAUCCAAAUGCGCAACAAGCUUUUCUCUUACAAGCCUUUCUAAAAUUUUACAGAUACAGGAUGUCAAAGAAACUGGUCUAUAAUUUCCAGGGAUAGACUUAUCUCCUUUUUUAAAUAUACAAGUAACGUUUGCCUUUUUCCAAUCGCUUGGUACGUCUCCCGUAGACAUCGACUUCACAAACAAGUCAUACAAUGUUGCAGAUUAUUUAACGAAAAAUCACAAAAGGACCAUGGACGCGAAAGAAAAGCCAAACACAUAUGACAUAGUUGAUGCUGCUUUCACUCAGGAAAAUGGUGUGAUGAUUCUUGUAAAAGGACACACAGGAAAAAAGCCUCACACGUGUGAGAUUUGUGAUGCUACUUUCACUCUCAAACACGAUUUGAAGAUUCAUACAAGAAUACACACAGGAGAAAAACCAUUCAAGUGUGAGACAUGUGAUGCUGCUUUUACCACAAAAUCAAACCUUCAAGUUCACACCAGAAUACAUACGGAGGAGAAUCCAUACAAAUGUGAGAUAUGUGGCAAGGGGUUUAAACAAAAACAAAAUAUAAAGACACACAUGAGAAAACACACAGGAGAAAAGCCAUAUAAGUGUGAGAUAUGCCGUGCUGAUUUUGCACAAAAACUUAGUCUAAUUAAUCACUUAAGAUUACAUACUGGGGAAAAGCCGUAUAAGUGUGAGAUAUGUGAAACUGGUUUCAAACUUAAACAUCAAUUAAAGAUUCACAUGAAAAUACACACAGGAGAGAAAUCAUACAAGUGUGAAACAUGCGAUGCUGCUUUUACACAAAGAUCACACCUUCAAGUUCACAUGAGAAUACAUACAGGAGAGAAGCAAUACAAAUGUGAAGCGUGUGGUAAAGAUUUUAAUCAAAAACAAGCUUUAGAUAGUCAUAUGAGAAUACACACAGGAGAGAAGCCAUAUAAUUGUGAGAUAUGCGGUGCUGAUUUCACACAAAGAUUUACUUUAAAGGUUCACGUUAGAUCACAUACUGGAGAAAAGCCAUAUAUGUGUGUCAUAUGUGGAGCUGAUUUCUCUCAGAAAAACUCUUUAAAUAUUCACAUGAGAAUACACACAGGAGACAAACCAUACAAGUGCGAGACUUGUGAUGCUGCUUUUACCAGCAGCUCAAACCUUCAAGUUCACAAGCGAAUACAUACCGGAGUGAAACAGUUCAACUGUGGGAUAUGUGGGAAAGAUUUUAAUCAAAAACGAGAUUUAAAGGUUCAUAUGCGAAGCCACACAGGAGAGAAGCCGUUUAAGUGUGACAUAUGUGGUGCAAAUUUCACACAUAAACAUAGUUUAAGGAUUCACGAAAGAUUACAUAUUAGAGAAAAGGCGUACGAAUAUGGAACAUGAGCUGUUUUACUUAAAACAGCUUUUUAACGACUUGCUAGAGAUAGCACAGAAUAGAACUAGACAGAUGUAAGACAUCGGAUCAUCCUGUGCUAUAUCAUAUAUACUUUCACAAGGGGAAGAAUUUUCAAGACCUAUAUGAGAAUUAACAAUAGUGCGAGAUGAUGUUAUGCUGGUUUUACUGAAAGAACAUUAAAAGACACACGCUAGAAAACACACAUGAGAGCAUUCGUAAAAAUGUGAUUUAAGAUGUAUUUAUUCACAAAAUAUCCAAAAGGCUGUGAACAAUAUGGACAAAUAAAUAUUCAAUACAUUUCUUUCAGAUCAUUCAAUAUAGUAUAUAUAUAUAUGUUAAUCAGCAAGUACUCAAAAUAUCAAGUAAAUCAAAAUAUUUCAUUUUGUUAAAGAUCAAUUAUUAUUAAAGCUGCACUCUCACAGAUUGAACGUUUUGACAACUUUUUUAUUUUUUGUCUUGGAACAAGCCAAUUUUUGCGAAAAUCCAUUGAAACCAGUUAUAUAAGACUGCUGACAAAAAAUUAGAUUGCAGAUUUUUAUAUUUAAGUUAAAAAAUGAUGUUUUAUAUCCAGUUUUCUUAAACCGUAAGUAACGGUUUAAGCCAUAAAAAAAUAAAUUUUCGAACAGAAAUAUGAAUAUCUGCGAUCUGAUCUUUUGUCAGCAAUCUUUUAUAAUUGGUUUGCAGAUAUUUACGCCAAAAUUUGCUCUUUCCAUGACAAAAAAUAAAAAAAAGUUGUAAAAGUGGUAAAUCUGUGAGAGUGCAGCUUUAAAAUCAAACUUCUUUUUUUAAAACCUGAGAAUGUAAAAUACCCAUCUUAAUGUCGUUUGUGCUGUCUCUAAUGAUUAACUCUGUGGAUAUAUAUUGAAUUACACAAUAUCUGCACAUUUGUUUGAGAAGAAUAGUUAUUAAAAUUAUGUUAACAAAUAUAAUUACAUGUACAAAUAGGAAUGUUAUUUAACAAAUCUACAUGUAAAACAAGCAGUUAUUCAAAACAUUAUGGAGAAUUUGGGAAUUGACUAAAUAUUUAAAUAUUCACUAUUAAUAAUAUUCUUACCAGAAUCAAAUUAGUUUAGAAUUUUUUUAAAUCACUGCAGAGAACCAUUGUAUAUAUAAACGACUUGAACAAUGGCAUUUUUAUGAAAAUGUUCGGCCUAAACGAAUAGAGACAGGAGGUAUUAUUUUUUUCAAAAUGAAACGUUAUAUUUAAAACGUAUAACUGGAUUUAAAGCUGCACUAUCACUCUCGCCUUUACCAUUUUUUGAUUUUUUUGUCUUGGAAAGAGUAAUUUCUUGCGUAAAUAUCUACAAACCAAUGAUUAAAGAUUGAUGACAAAAGAUCAGAUCGCAGAUUUUCAUAUUUUCGUUCGAAAAUUCAUAUUUCUAAUGUUACUGUUUAAGAAAAUUGCAUAAAAUAUCAUGUUUUGAACUUAGAUAUAAAAAUCUGUCAUUUAAUUUUUUGUCAGUAGUCUUAUAUAAAGUAGCUUGUUCCAUGACAAAAAUUAAAAAAAGUUGUCGAAAUGGCAAUUCUGUGAGAGUUCAGCUUUAAGCAUUUUUAUUAAUGUAAGAUAUUCCAGACCUUUUAAAAGUGUACUUAUUUUGAAUAUUAUCUACAUUUAGAAAUCAUGAAUAUUUUUCAAAACUUGGGCAUUUUCUAUUAUUUUUAGCUCACCUGUCACGUAGUGACAAGGUGAGCUUUUGUGAUCACUCUUCGUCCGUCGUCCGUCCGUCCGUCCGUCCGUCCGUCCGUCCGUCCGUUCACAAUUGCUUGUGAACACAAUAGAGGUCACAAUUUUGAUCUAAUCUUUAUGAAACUUGGUCAGACUGAUCAUCUCUAUAAAAUCUAGGUCAAGUUCGAUAUUGGGUCAUCUGGGGUCAAAAACUAGGUCACUAGGUCAUUUAGUAGAAAAACCUUGUGAACACAAUAGAGGUCACAAUUUUAGCCUAAUCUCAAUGCAACUUGGUCAGAAUGAUCAUCUCUAUAAAAUGUAGGUCAAGUUCGAUAUUGGG